CCCGCCAAUCCCCCCUUGGGCGAGGAGGAGCAGCAGACCAUCGUCGAAGUGAUCCAGAGAGCCGAAAAGCUGGAUCUCACCGAGCAGGAGCGGGUGGGGAAGCUGGUGGAUCGCUUGGAGAACAUGCGAAGAAGUGCCUUAGGAAGAGGAGCCAACCAGUGCCUGCUAUGCGGCGACACUUUCGGCAUGUUGGGGCCCCAAAAGGUGCGCUGUGUCGACUGCAAACGGUGGGCGUGCCAACAGUGCGCCAUCGAUCAGUGCGCCCAUAAAUCGCCUGGCGCUUCGAAGGACCACCAGCUGUGCAUGAUCUGCGCAGAAACACGGGAGAUUUGGAAGAAGUCGGGGGCGUGGUUCUUCAAGGGCCUGCCCAAGUAUAUUCUGCCCGACGAAUCCCGCUUCAAGCGCUCGAGGAGUGUGCGGGUGUCCAGGAGGCGUCGGGAGGAGGACAGCAGCUCGGAUGAGGAGAGGCAGGUGUACACCUGGGGCCGAAUGAGGAGGAACUCCUGCACGGAGAGCACGCAUGAUGCUCCCGAGCAACUGGAUCAGUCCACAGGGACCAACAACGUUCACAUCAACGACCUGCAACUGGCCAAGGAGCUGGAGCCCUUGAGGAACUACAUGGGAUCGAUGAACUUGGCUGCUGAGCCGCGCUCUUGGGAGGACUUCAGCAGCGACAGAGCCGAAGCAGACAGUGCGGAAACCUCAAGGCCGCAGUCGAUGGCCUCCAGGUCAAUAUCGGACUGGAACUGGACAGACACCAAGAGCAUGGAUGGGAAACUUUCUCCCAGUACUGCCAGUUUGAAA